CCCACGUGAUCGAUCACGUGGAGGAAGCAGCAGGCAUCGUGUCCGUAGCUGUCAGCGCGGUGAAGUCCUCCAUCAGAGCGGAUUGUUGUGCUGUGGGAGAUCCGGGAUGUCCAGCAUGAGUGGCAGGAACCCAGGAGCGGUCCUCGACCUGGAAUCCUUAUCCAAGGUGAGAGUUAAUACCCAGGCUGUCCUGAAGAGGGCGCAGCACAUCCAGGGCCUGAAGCUUCCUAAGAAGCAGUGGCAGGCGGCUUGGCUGCUGAAGGCCGUUUCAUGCAUCGAUUUGACCACGCUGGCUGGAGACGAUACGCCAUCAAAUGUUCACCGACUCUGCAUGAAAGCCAUCCAGCCGGUCCGAUACGACCUUCUGAAGAAACUGGAUAUGCACGACAAAGGACUAACAACAGCAGCGGUGUGUGUGUAUCCGUCCCGUGUGGCCGACGCCUCUAAAUCUCUGAAGGCAGCCAACUCCGGCCUCCCUGUUGCCUCUGUUGCCACUGGAUUCCCAGCUGGCCAGACGCCACUGGAGACCCGCCUCCAAGAAGUCCGUACCGCUGUGAGAGACGGCGCAGCGGAGAUCGAUAUCGUCAUCAACAGGACCCUCGCUCUGACAGGACAGUGGGAAGGUUCAGACUUCAUCAAGACUUCUACAGGAAAGGAGGCCGUCAAUGCUACUUAUCCUGUUACCAUAGUGAUGGCCAGAGCUAUCCGUGACUACUACUUGCGUACUGGCCACAAGGUGGGCUUCAAGCCGGCGGGAGGCAUUCGGACGGCGCAGGAAUCCUUAGUGUGGCUAAAUCUGAUCAAGGAAGAACUUGGAGACGAUUGGCUUUGCCCUCAUCUCUUCCGCCUGGGAGCCAGCAGCCUAUUGGCUGACAUAGAGAGACAGAUAUACCACUAUGUGACGGGGCAGUAUGCAGCCUACCAUGAGCUGCCCAUGGCCUGACGACAGGAAGUCGUGUUUUAGUCGUCGAACAGAACGCCUGAAACGCCACGAAAAGCCGUCGCUGAAACAAAGACACCAGCAUGUUUGUUGGGUUAACCAUUGAUUUCAGUGUCCGCACCAUUCAAAUGACUAAUGAUGAAAUAAAUCAUUUAU